AUGGAAUGCUUAAUUACACCUGCGGAAGCGCCUCCGGCGGCGCCUAAAAACGAGAGGCGCAAGAAGAAGCAGCCCAAAGCCAGCAGCAACGACUCCUUCGAUGACCUCUUGGAACUUGAAUCGCUCUCUGUGGCACCUAAAAAUCCGCUUCUUGUGGAUUGUUUGCCUGGAGAGCCGCUACGCCGUGUUAACAAGUGGACGACGACGAUUCCGCCCAGCAAGCCCGUUCACGAGCAGUUCAAGGGUCGCCAAUUCCCCGUCGGAGAGGAAUGGGAGUACACUGGUGCAGGCGCGGCGCGCAGCAACGACGCUGAGAAACGCCAUUUGGAGAAGGUGUCUGCGGAUUCCUACCAGGACCUGCGUCGCGCUGCCGAGGUCCACCGUCAGGUACGACGGUAUAUCCAGUCGGUAGUCCGCCCCGGGAUUAAGAUGCUAGACCUUGUGAACGCUGUUGAAACAAAGUCCAAAGAACUUAUCGCUGCCGACGGCCUUAAAUGCGGAUGGGCGUUCCCAACUGGCUGCUCUCUGAAUUCGUGUGCGGCCCACUACACGCCCAACUAUGGCGACAACACCGUGUUGACCAAGGGCGACAUAUGCAAGCUCGACUUCGGCACCCACGUGAAUGGCCACAUCAUUGACUGCGCGUUCACCAUCGCUUUCGACGAGCAGUAUGACGAGCUGAUUAAGGCAACUCAGGAGGCAACCAACACCGGUAUUCGCCACGCAGGCAUAGACGCUCGUUUGUGCGAGAUCGGGGAGGUAAUUCAGGAGACUAUUGAGAGCCAUGAGGUCACCAUCCAGGGUGUCACCUACCCGGUGAAACCCAUUCGCAACCUUACUGGCCACAGUAUCGGUUCGUAUCGCAUCCACGCGGGUAAGGCCGUGCCCAUCGUGCGCAACAGCGGCUGCUCCGACAUCAUGGAGGAGGGCGACCUAUUUGCUAUCGAGACUUUUGCCACCACUGGCAAGGGAACAGUGGUGGAGUCGAUGGACUGCUCGCACUACAUGAAGGACUUCGAAGUUGGUUUCGUACCGCUUACGCUGAAGAGCGCUAGGGAUGUUCUGAAGUGCAUUAACACGAACUUCAGCACUUUGGCAUUCUGCCGCCGCUGGCUGGACGACCUCACCGGAGGGAAGAAUUUGCUGGCUCUGAGGCACCUGGUAGACAAGGGAAUCGUGAACCCGUACCCGCCUCUGUCCGACAUUCGCGGCUCUUACACAUCCCAGAUGGAGCACACCAUCCUGCUGCGUCCGACGUGUAAAGAGGUGCUGUCGCGUGGUGAAGAUUAUUGA